AUGAUUGGAAAACAAAGCGCCGGCCUCCUGGCCACUGCUGCCGCAGUCUCAGCAUCGGUCAUCGAGCUGCCUGUCCACAUCCAAAACACAUAUUCCUCGGUCCAAUUCAAUGUCGGCACGCCCGCCAAGCCGUACCGCCUCCUCUUCGACACCGGCUCAUCGACAGCAUGGAUGGUCAACUCCGACUGCACCGAAUCCUCGUGCCCCAACCUCAGCGGCUACGACCGCGUCGGCUACAACAUCUCGGCCUCCACCAGCGCCGUCGACCUCGGCGCAUCGGCCUCGAUCCCGUACAUCGACGGCGACGGCGUGACGGGCGACGCCGUGCAAGACGUCUUCUCCGACGAGCGCGGCACGGUCGAGUGGAACCAGACCUUCCUGUCCGUCAACGCCAGCAGCUGGCGCUUCAUCACGGCCGACGGCUUCCUCGGAUUGGGCUUCUCGUCCAUCGCGGAAAACGGGACCUCGUCGCUCGUCGAGACGCUGCUGUGGGACGGCCAGCUCGACGCGCCGCGCUUCGGCCUCUACUACGGGACCAACCUGGCCGACAACGGCACGCAGGACGGCGUGCUGACGGUCGGCGGCAGCCACGAGGAGACGUAUGUGGACGAGGAGGGUGUCGUCUUCGCGCCGCUGCGCAAGGAGGACCCGUAUCAGCUGUGGCGCGCGCCGCUGCGCUCCGUUACCGUCAUGGCGACCGGCACGAAUGCGACGAUUAACGUGCGCAACGACGGCAAGCUGCCGACGACCAGCGCUGGCGGCCUGAUUUCGAAUGCUGUGGGUGCGAACACGACGUGGUCCAUGUACGGCUCGGGCACCGCCGUCUUCGAUACCGGCGCGGGCAGGAUCUCGGUCCCGACCAACAUUGUCGAUGCCGUGUACUUCAACCUCGGCUGGAACAACACCAAGCUGAUGACUGGCGAGGAGCGCAUGGAGUGCCAGCACCUGAACGCGUCGUGGGCGCUGUCGUUCACGCUUGGCGAGGAGGCCGAGGAGGAUGAUGUGACGUUUACCAUUCGUGGUGACGAGUUCGUCAGGCCUGGCGACCAGUGCAUGCCGCCGGUUGACGACAGCGAUGGCAAUGGCUUCGCGUUGAUUGGUGCCGCCUUCUUGCGCAGGUUCUAUUCCAUCCACGACUUCGGUGCGGAUAAGGUUGCGGACUAUCAGCCGAAGAUCGGAUUUGGAAGGUUGAAGAAGGAGUACGACUACCUGUACCAGUAA